GUUCACAAGAUCACUUUCUGAAAAGAAUACCGCAGGACGCCGGAUGGGGUAUACUGUAACAGGCAUUGUGUUGGGAAUGCUAACUUCUAUGUUCUGCAUCAUUCUAAUCAAGAUACUUCAUGCUGCUGUGCCUUCCCUUGCCAGGCAAUGGAACUCUAAGAAGUACUUGAUACAGUCUUUCCGUCGAGCAUGCCUGCUUGUUGCCUAUUUCUCUGCUGUUGGUUUGCUUCUAUUGCAAUAUAAAAAAAUAAUCGGCCUCAGACAGCUAGAUAUUAACUCUAAUAUGUGAGGCCAAAUCAUCUAAUUAUUUCAGUGAAUCGUACAUUUGUUACAUAUGAUUAAGAGAGUCAUGUACAUGUAUCAGGUAGCUUUAUAAAAAAUAUCUUUACUUUGGAGCAAAUGCAAGCAAUAUCAUUAAUUAUGGGCUCUUAUGAAAUACUGGCAACAGUGCUAUAGUGAUUACCUAUUUCUGCUUCAAUCGGCCUUCUUGGUAGAGGGAAGUGUUUCAUGAA